AUGGAAAUUUCUAAAGGAAUUUCUGAAGAAUCUUUUGAAGAAAUUGAAGAACAAGAAGAAUCAACUCCUAAAAUUGUAUCUGUAUUAAAAAAAUUUAAAGGUCGUUCAUCUCGCAGAAAAAUCA